UUAUCUUAAAUUUACUUGUAAAUCCCAUUUAACUUUUUUUUUUUACAAAUGCUUAUGAUUUAUUAUAGAAUUGAGAUAAGACAAUACAAUUAUGAGAAUACAAUUGUAGGUUUAUUAAAUUACCUUCUGUGUUGUUACAUUUUCUCUUUUAAAGUAGGUCUUUUAAUAAUGCGUCACUUAAUAUUUAUUUGUUUAUUUAUUUUUAAACUAAAAAAAGGAACUUUUGGACGGUCCCUAAGUAAAAGUCUCGAAUGAAUGAGAAACAGUAAGUGUGUGUAUGAUAGAAGUUUGUUUUGACCGUGAGUACGGAAAGACAGAAGGACCAAACGACAAGAAACGAAUCAUCAGCUUCAGCCUCCAGUCAACGACCUGCGACGAACAGGACCACAGCAAAUCCACGGUCAGUCUGUCCGUCAAAAUCAUCAACUUUACUUUAACAAAUCACUUUGUUUUUGUAAUUUUUUUCUGGCUGUAGUAAUUAAAUUCUGGCUGCAGUAAUUCAAAUCGUGACGUCGUUUACUAUUAUAUAGAAAACACACUUGGAGGAUUUUUUUCUUUUUAAAUGCAGAAACUAGUACUUUACAAAAUAGUGAAUUAUUUUUUUGUAAGUUUUUAUAUCUAUUGGAAUUUUGUCAAUUUAUGUUAAAAGUAGACAUGCUUAUUUUAUUAAAUAUAAAACAAUAAAAUAAAAACAUUUCAAGUAUAUGUUUUGGGAUUUUAGGCAGAAUUUACAAUUAAUGCGCAAUCAGUCUGUGUUUUAAGUAGGAAUUAAACCUGGAUUAAAAGUAUUGCAGAAGUUUUUACAUUCACUCUCUACUCUGUCACCAGCCAAAGGACACACACAUACACACACACACACACUGAGACACACUCCACCACAGUGUCAGGGAUAGACAGUGUGUGUCUUUGUGCACUGAGGGGACUCCAGCUCCUCUGCGGUUUUGCAGGGUUGAUCCCUGGAGGGAAAUGUGGGCAAACAGUCCAGGAGGAGGAAAUUCCUCCGUCUCUAGUUUCUUACUCUCUCUUACUGCACAUGCAAGGGGUCGAAUAUAAGGGAGAAAAGAGAGAAAGGAAUUGCUGAAAUAAAACCAGCUAUAUUAAAUAAAGAAUGGCCUUAAGUAAAUAAAUGUAAAGCAUUUAUGAAGUCUGCUUGCUGAUAUAAAUUCGUUUGUCAUUUCCUUCUUUCUAGACUUGGGGGUGGGAGGGCAAUCCAGCUUUUCAAAUCCUGUGGAUCAGAACUGAUCCAACAGGGAAAUGACACUAGUCCUCAGAAGUUCAGAUGGUGGGGGGAAACAAAACCAAGAAAGAUAGCUUAAAGUACCAAGAGCUACAAAUAUCAAGAAAGAAGGAAAGAUAAUAACAGUCUGUCGAAAAACAAAAUAACAGAAACCUAGCACUAAAAUGUACUAGAAAUGCAACCAAGAAAUGGAUAAAAGAAGAAACUCCAAAAUCCCAGCUAAUUCCUGCAGACCCUACAGAUAAACGUUAACCGAGUUUUUCCAGCCACAUUUUGAAGCCCUGACCUGAUGAUCAGGAUGAUGACAACCUAAAUUCUGAUGUUUGAUCCCAGCUGGCUCUUGUUUCGUCUGCCCCUCAGAUGUGUCCUCAUCUCUCUCCUGACUCUCUGUGGACUUCACUGCUCUGCGUCCUGCUCCUCUGGAUCCCUGCUACAAACACUGCUAAAUGUCCACAGCAGUGUUUCUGUGACCAGAUCCAGCUCACGGUGGCCUGUGUCAACAAGAACCUGACCCAAGUGCCUGCUACUAUUGAUGAGAUCACGGUGAAGUUAGAUCUUCGAGGUAAUGAUAUCCAGGAACUUCCAACUGGAGCGUUCAAACAUACGCCCUACCUGACUCACCUGUCCCUGCAGCGCUGUAACAUCCUCAAGGUAAAAGAGGGGGCAUUUCGUGGACUUGGGCGCCUGGUGUUCCUCAACCUGGCCAACAACAACAUUGAGAUCCUCUAUCAGGAGUCCUUCGAUGGACUGUCCUCACUGAAGCAGCUGCUCAUCGACCGUAACCGUGUAGAGGAGAUCCAACCAGGAGCAUUUUCUCAGCUGGGUUUCCUUAACCUGCUCUCCAUCACACACAAUCAACUCGUUUACAUCCCCAACAUGGCCUUCCAGGGCUUACAGAACAUCAAAUGGCUUCGUCUCAGUCACAACUCUCUGAACUACCUGGACACUGAGGCCUUUGCUAGUCUGGUCACACUCAACCGCCUCAGUCUGGACCACAAUGCACUGCAGUUCUUCCCCACAGAGACCAUGACCAGACUACCAGAGGUGACGCGUCUGGAUCUGGGCUACAACCCCAUGACCUAUCUUGGAGAAGAGGCCGUGUCCAUGGCCAAGCUCACCCACUUGUUCAUGGACCACAUGUCUCUGCAGGACAUGGCCAUCACUGCUGUUUCCAAAUGUCCCAACCUAAUCCACCUGGACAUCAGCUACAACCAGCUGCGUGUCCUCCAGCCAUUCUCUGAAGGUUCACCAAACCUGGCUCGCCUUAACCUGGCUGGAAACCCCAUCUACUGCAACUGCUACAUGCGACCACUCAAGGUGUGGUCCAUGAUUAGCAAGGUGAAGCUGAUAGGAACAUGUGGAGGACCAGCCCAUCUUUCUGGAGAAACCCUGGGGGCAGUCUAUCCUGCAGAGCUACGCUGUCAAAGUCAGGAGGCCAUGCUAAAGGCUGAGCUGGAAGAAGCAGCCAGGAUCACUCCUCCACCCACAGAAGAGCCAGAGAACAAGAUCAAGUGUCCGGCCAAAUGCGUCUGCGAGGCAGUGACGCAUCACUCUUCCUGUGAAAACCAAGGCCACACUAAGGUUCCUCGGGGCUUCUCUCCUAACACUCGCCUCCUCGACCUGAGAGGCAACCACUUCCAUCACAUCCCUGAAAACAGUUUCCCAGGUGUGGUGCAGGUGGUGUCCCUGCAUCUGCAGCGCUGCAAGAUUGUGGAGGUAGAGGAUAGAGCUUUCAGUGGGAUGAAAGGUCUGAUCUACCUGUACCUGUCUGAGAAUGACCUCUCAUCCCUCAGCCCUGAUGCCUUCAAAGGUCUGCCACAGCUUACUUACUUGCACCUGGAGAAAAACCGCUUCACCAUCUUCCCUAAGGGAGCCUUCAAACCGGUGCCCAGCCUGCUAGCACUUCAUCUGGACAACAAUGCCAUCACCAAGCUGGAGCCUGGCAUCCUGACUGGAGCGGAGGGUCUGAGAUCACUGGUCCUCACUGGCAACGCCAUCAAUGGCAUUUCCUCCACAGCUCUGGAGCACGCCAGUGACCUGGAUGUUCUCCACCUGGGAGGAAACAGGUUGAAGAAGGUUCCUACUGAGGUGCUGAGCAAGGUGGAGAACCUGAGAGACCUGAGGUUGUCUGGGAACCCCAUACGCUGGAUUGGUCCACAUGCGUUCCAGCCAGUAGAAAGGUCACUGAAGGAGCUGUAUCUGGAUAACAUGGGACUGGAGAAGAUGUCACCAGACUCCCUGACAGGCUUGGGUCCACGGUUGAGAAGUCUUUUUCUGGAGGGAAACAAGCUGGAGGAGGUUCCUGACCUCCAGCCUUUUACUUCCUUGGAGGUCAUCAAUCUGGCAGAUAAUCCUCUGAUGUGUGAUUGCCCCCUGCUGCCACUACGCUUAUGGAUUGAGAAGGUCAACCUGAAGGUGCGAGCCACCUGUGCCAACCCCCCGGAGCUGAAGGGUCGUCGAGUCAAAGACGUCCACGUCUUCAAGGCCUGUCCUGGAGGAGAGAGACUCCCGUCUAUCCCAACUCCGAAGCCCACAAUGGCGACCAAGACAACGAAACCUAAACUGAUGCGGUCUAAAAACCAAGUGAAAGCCAAGUCCAGACUUCAGAAGCGUCCAAAUACUAGAACAGCAGCAGCUAAAAAAGCCAGACGUGGGAGCAUGGCCUGAGCCUGUGGACUUUCAGCCAGACCUGGACCU